AUCUAUCUAUCUAUCUAUCUAUCUAUCUAUCUAUCUAUCCCCACCCCGUUAAAAAAACGUAGCAUAGAAGCAAGACUAAAGUGGAAAGGACAAAACAUCAGGGACAUAUAAAAUCAAAGUCUUCACAUUGUCAGUCCUUUCUUUAAUAAUUCAUUGUUUUUUCCACUUGUGUGGAAGUGAGCAUUGAUUAAAAAUGAAUGCGCAUUCUAUGGAGCCCUGGCUUCACGCAUCAGGGAGUCGGGGUCCGGCUGGCUGGCUGGCUGACUAUUUAUUAAGAGCGGCUCGCUACUCUGCUCAUCUUGCACUCAGCUGCGAGGAUCUGAGUUGUGAGUAUCUCUUUUCCUCACUCCUUUCAUUUGCCCUAAACCUGUCGUGGCCUUUCGGGUCGGCAGCUUGGCGCAGGAUCAUCAGAAGCCAUAUUGACGUUUCUUUCCUAAGCCGUCACAGGCUUUCACCAUGAGAGGACCAUGGCGCUCUUACCUCAUGAGCGUCUUGGUGUACGCAAGCGCAUUGCACGCGCGGUCCGAUAGUGAUUCCGACGCGACGCGCAAAGACAUCGCAACGUUCACUAAGAUCCUGGACAGUCUUCUGGAUGGCUAUGACAACAGGCUGAGACCUGGCUUGGGUGACCGAGUCACGGAAGUCAAGACUGAUAUCUACGUGACCAGCUUUGGCCCGGUGUCAGACACAGACAUGGAGUACACAGUGGAUGUUUUCUUCCGUCAGAGUUGGAAAGAUGAACGGUUAAAGUUUCACGGGCCGAUGAACAUUCUUCCCCUCAACAACUUGAUGGCCAGUAAGAUCUGGACUCCCGAUACCUUCUUUCACAACGGCAAGAAGUCGGUGGCCCAUAACAUGACAAUGCCCAACAAACUGCUGAGGAUUAUGGAGGAUGGAACGCUGCUCUAUACCAUGAGGCUGACGGUUCAAGCCGAGUGCCCCAUGCACCUGGAAGACUUUCCCAUGGACUCUCACUCGUGUCCUCUGAAGUUUGGCAGCUAUGCCUACACAAAGUCUGAGGUGACUUACAGUUGGACUCGAAAUGCUUCCCAGUCAGUGGACGUGGCAGCUGACGGAUCAAGACUCAACCAGUAUGACUUAGUGGGACAAACGGUGGGAAAGGAGACCGUUCAAUCCAGCACUGGUGAAUACACGGUCAUGACGGCACACUUCCACCUGAAGAGGAAAAUUGGCUAUUUUGUGAUCCAGACCUAUUUGCCCUGUAUCAUGACCGUAAUCCUCUCCCAGGUCUCUUUUUGGCUUAAUCGAGAGUCCGUUCCGGCCAGAACCGUGUUUGGUGUAACCACGGUGCUGACAAUGACCACCUUAAGUAUCAGCGCCCGCAAUUCACUGCCCAAAGUGGCCUACGCCACAGCCAUGGAUUGGUUCAUCGCCGUGUGCUAUGCCUUUGUCUUCUCUGCGCUCAUUGAAUUUGCCACCGUCAACUACUUCACCAAGCGAGGCUGGGCCUGGGACGGAAAGACUCUGGUCGAUGACAAGAAAAAAGAAUCGGCUGCGAUGAAGAAGAACAAUGCCGUGGCCGUGGCUAACUACGCUCCUGAUAUAAGUCAAGACUCAACGCUGGCGACCAUCUCCAAGUGCUCCUCCGUCAGCCAUCCCGACAAGGCCUCCUCGGAGAAGAAAGGCGUACGCAAGAAAACGUUCAACAGUGUCAGCAAGAUUGACCGCAUUUCCCGUAUCAUGUUCCCUGUGCUCUUUGGUACCUUUAACCUUGUUUACUGGGCCACCUACCUCAACAGAGAACCCGUUAUUAACGACGGGGAUCAUUCCAAAUAAGCACCGGGGACUUUUCGGGUGUGGUCCAGUCAAAAGCCGUUUGUGUACCAAAUGCACGUAUCGUCCCUUGCAUCCUAACCCUUUCGUUGAUGACUUUUCCAACUUUAGGAAUACUGCACCAUUGCAAAGCAGACAAAUGUUGGAUUGUGAAAUAAGUGUGACUUGCUUGACGUUAAAUGACACAAUGAAUUUUUUUUCCAAGCAAAUUU